UCUUCUCUCUCUUUCUUUCUUUUGUGAACACAACCGAACCAAUCUGACUCCAUCUCCGGCCAGCUGAUUUCUGUAGUUGCUAGAUAUGGCGGGGGCUGAUCGUGAAGCAGUCGAGACAUUCAUCAGCAUCACCGGAGCCUCUGAAGAGGUUGCCAUCCGAAAACUCGAGGACUUUCAUGGAGAUCUGAACCAAGCUGUUAAUGCGUAUUUUACUGAAGGCGAUAGAAACAUCAUAAGAACUGCACCUACUGUUAUUCCUGAGGAUGAUUCUAUGGACAUAGAUGAGCCCUUUCUUACCGAGACCAGAGGAAAUCCUUUUCCAUUUCUAUCUUCUGCCAGAAAUACGAGUCCAUUCGCGCUUCUGGAUCCUGAUUUCGGUAGAGGUCUUUUUGACGGUGGCACAGCCUUUACAAGCCGUGAACCCUUUGUUUCACAUCCAAGAGAAGUUAGGGAGAUCCCCAUUGAGGUCAUAGGUGGGCAUGGGAACUCUAGUCGUUCUGGUCAUGCUCCAUCUAUAGAAGAAAUUACUGGUUCUGCUCAGGAGCAUGGUCCAGAAAUACACGGGCCUAUCGUUAUAGACGAAGAAGAUGAUGAAGUUAUUCAAAGAUCACAUCCUGCACCGAGUGCUCCUGUUAUAGGAGAUUUCCCUGAUUACACAAAUGAUAUAGAAGAAGAAAUGAUCCGAGCUGCUAUUGAGGCUUCAAAAAAGGAUGCUGGAGAAGUACACCUUGGUCCAAAUUUUGAUUUUGAAAAUGAUUCUGGAAGACAAACCCAACAAAGGCAGCCUAGUGCAGAGGAUGCUCAGCUUGCUCAUGCUGUCUCCUUAUCAUUGAAGGCGGUGGAGCAAGAAAGAGCCGUGCAUGAAUUGGGGGAUAAUUCUGGAGAGGCUCAAAAUAAGGAUGAGAAGGAAGAUAUUCCGGAGUUAAUUACAUCAAAUAGAAGGUUGGCUGUUGGAAGCUCUUCUUUCCAAGAUGAAGCGGAAGAUGCAGAAGAGCAUCCACUGGUUAGGCACAGAAUUACACGCAAUUCUGGGGAAGCUGAAGUUAGUGCGUCAUCAAGUGCUGAACAACAUACUGGUCCUGAUACCGCACAAAACAGGAACGGCUUCAAUUUUGAUGAGUGGGGAGGAAUCUCGUCUGAGGAACAUGAUGAAGCAGUGAUGCUCGAAGCUGCUCUUUUUGGAGGAAUCCAAGAAAGCAAUUACAAUUUUCCAUAUCCACGUCAGCAGUUUGUGCAGAAUGGUUUGGGGACAAAUCAAGGCCUUUAUCCUCAAAGGAUACCUCGCUCACCAUCACCAGGGCUUGCUGCUCAGCGCAUGAUACGAGAGCAACAGGAUGAUGAAUAUCUUGCAUCAUUGCAAGCUGACAGAGAGAAAGAACUUAAAGCUGUAGAAGAGGCUGAAGUAAUGCGUUUGGAGGAGCAAGCAGUUAAAGAAGCUGCCGCAGAAGCAGAAAGGCGUAAGGAGGAAGAAUUGCGUAAAAAGAUCGAGGAAGAACAGGAAAUUGAGAGAAACCUUGCUGCAAAAGAAGCUUCUCUUCCUAAGGAACCAAUGGCAGAUGAUGAAAAUGCUGUAACACUUCUUGUAAGGAUGCCAGAUGGAAGCCGUCGUGGUCGCAGAUUUGUUAAAUCAGAUAAACUACAGUCCCUUUUUGACUUCAUUGAUGUUGGGAGAGUUGUCAAGCCUGGCUCAUAUAGACUGGUGAGGCCCUAUCCUCGAAGAGCAUUCAGCGAAGGAGAAAGUGCAUCGUCCAUGAAUGAAUUGGGUUUGACAAGCAAGCAAGAAGCUUUGUUUCUGGAGUUAAUUUAGAGAGAAUUUAUUUACAAAAUCUGUAAAAAGAAACCCUAAAAAAGAAGCGAGAUUUGUUGAGGAUACCCGAAUGGAUUGUCAGUUGGUUUAUGAUUAUGUCUGGAAAAGAAGGGGUGAUUAAAUUAUUUUUUCUUUAUAUAUGAAGACUUUGCUUUCUUG